GUGUGUUGUGGGCUUAGGUUCAACUUUCAUCAUAUAAAAUGUAAAAAAGAAGAAGGCCCUAAGCAGGUACAAUAUGUGGGCUUCCACAUUAACAACAGAAGGCCCAACGGAGACCUCGAAACCCUAAGUUGAAUCUUUGUGUCUGCUAUAGCACUGGAAAGUUGUAGCCGUAGGUAGCAGUUGCACACGGCGCAAAGGGGAACAAGAAGAAGAAGAUGGUGUCCUUGAAGCUUCAGAAGCGGCUCGCCGCUAGCGUCCUAAAGUGUGGCAGAGGCAAGGUCUGGCUCGAUCCAAAUGAAGUCAAUGAAAUCUCCAUGGCCAAUUCUCGACAAAACAUAAGAAAGUUGGUUAAGGAUGGGUUUAUUAUCAGGAAGCCAACUAAGAUUCACUCUCGCUCUCGUGCUCGUCGAAUGAAGGAGGCCAAGAGGAAGGGACGUCACUCUGGCUAUGGUAAGCGUAAGGGUACAAGGGAGGCAAGGCUUCCCACCAAAAUCCUUUGGAUGAGGAGGAUGCGUGUCCUCAGGCGCUUGCUUCGCAAGUACAGGGAAUCAAAGAAGAUUGACAAGCACAUGUACCACGAUAUGUACAUGAAGGUGAAAGGUAAUGUUUUCAAGAACAAGAGAGUCUUGAUGGAGAGCAUACACAAGUCCAAGGCUGAGAAGGCAAGAGAAAAGACCUUGUCUGACCAGUUUGAGGCUAAGCGUGCCAAGAACAAGGCUAGCAGGGAGAGGAAAAAUGCUCGUAGGGAGGAGCGCUUGGCCCAAGGUCCAGGAGAGAGGCCACCAGCAGCACAAACUGCUACACCUGCAACAGCAUCCCAGCCUCCUCAAGCAUCGAAGAAAUCCAAGAAGUGAGUCGCAUAUACAGAGAUUUGGUGGAUGGGCAGGUCUUUAUCUAUGCGGGCAUCUUCAGUUGCUCUGCUCAAGUAUUUUUUGUCACAUUUCUUUAUGUUGGUUAUAUAGACUUAGUUACUCCGACCUAUGUUUGUCAUUUAUAUAGCCAACAUAGAACUUUAUCGGAUGUUUUUUUAUGAUUUGCAUUAAUGAUAAAAUUUUCCACAGUAUUGUUAAUGGUAAAAUAAGACUUUAUUGCCCUU